GACUCCAAUGGUGACGUACUAUAUCCGGAAGACAAGACUACAUUGGGAUAACCCGCAUAUUUUUCUUCCAUGUUUGUUAAAAGCGGACUAACAAGACUUGUGUAAAUGGUCGACUGGGGGGAAUUGACUUCUCGCUGAAGGCUGAUUUACACCAGAGGAGCGUCAAUGAGGAAACAGCGUAAGAAAUAGUCCUAAAGUCACCAGGUGGAGAGAGCAACAGCUCGUCUUUACUGUUCAGUACCUUUACUUACUAGCAAAGGUGAAGAGAAGAAGGCACGCCUGAAGCUUUGGACACACAGUAGGUCUAUGCAACGGUGAAUCAUGAGAUUAACAGGGCCCCUUAGAGCUGUGGCUGUGCUGCUGUUGGUGGGGCUCACCUGGCUGCUGGCAAACACCUUGUUUGGAGGGGAAAGUGGUUCAUCUGUACGCCAUUUCUUCACCGGUGCAAGUGAGAAACCAACACCUGCUGAAACGCGCCCUCGAAGGUAUAAAUGUGGACUUUCGGCUCCCUGUCCCCCAAAACAUUUGGCUUUCCGCCUGGUGUCUGGUGCUGCCAACGUCAUCGGACCCAAAAUCUGCCUGGAGGACAAGAUGUUAGUGAGCAGUGUGAAGAACAAUGUUGGCAGAGGCCUGAACAUAGCUUUGGUGAAUGGGGUGACAGGAGAGCUAAUGGACACAAAGAACUUUGAUACGUGGGCAGGAGAUAUUUCGGACCUGUUGAAGUAUCUCCGGCCGCUCCAUGAAGGAACUCUGGUGUUUGUGGCUUCCUUUGAUGAUGCAGCUACAAAGCUGAACGACGAGUCUCGACGGCUGUUUGAGGAGCUCGGGAGCACGGCAGUGAAGGAGCUGGCCUUCAGAGACAGCUGGGUGUUUGUUGGAGCCAAGGGCAUCGAGAAUAAGAGUCCCUUUGAGCAGCGCAUGAAGAACAGUAAGAGCAGCAACAAGUAUGAAGGUUGGCCUGAGUCUCUGGAGAUGGAUGGCUGUAUUCCUCUGCGGCCGCCCCUGGAAGGAUAAUACCGCCUGGUACUCCCUCACAUACUGGAGUGGCAGCAGCGGAUCCAAAUAAACGCUAAAAAAUCCAGAACGGCUGAAUGACUGAAAACCACCCAAGAUCUGGGCAUUUCAUUUCCCCUCUCGUGGCAGAGGCAUGAGUUGACUGCAAAGAUUGCUGGGACUUGAUUAUAUUUAAAAUUGCUGGAACUUAUAGAGGAUUUGUGCAUUAAGCUUUGUGAGACACUUUUGAGCCGAGAUAAUGUUGUAGGAACAAGGAAAACGUUUGUGUCAGGUUACAAGAAACUUGAGAGGCCAAAUGUUUGAUGACCAAAGUGUAACAGCGACUAGUGAAUGAAUGCAGCUGGAGUAGGUCUUCCAAAGCCAUUGUAGGAAACGGACAUAUUUCCUCUCUGCUAGCCUGUCUGUCUGUCUGGUGUCACGACAUUUGAUCUUCAGCAGGCAGAAGAAACACAUAACCGGAAACCUAAUCCACGUCGGCAUAAGAAAAUCAAGUGAGGCACACUAGUAGUUUAAAUGUCCUACUAAGCAACAGGUAUGUGGGCAGAUUUUAUAUUUAAAUCCGUUAAUAUAUUUUCAUCCUGUGAUACAUAUUUCAGUGAUAAUGUUAUGCCUAGCGUUAGCUGCCAUUGUUUCCUUAGAACUUGAUGCACUGCAGUUAUUGCUUGCCACGUGUUUACAGAUUUCUUCAGCCAAACUUGGCCUAGGUCAUUUUCCUCUGAUAUAACUAUUUAUUUUAAUACUUCAUUAGGAGACACAACAGAUUCAUAAUGUGGGUUAAUCAUGACGCCGCCCGCCCGUAGUUUUAAUGAAGCAUCAUCCAAGUGUGUGUUUUGUUUAAACAUAAAUGUGUGAUUGUGUAUGUCGUUUUUUAAAUAAUGUUUAACGUUUAUCUGCAUCAUUGAAACCUAACAAUGAAGGAAAUGUAUAGAAAUAAAAAUAUUAUUUUACAUGUAUGUAAGUCAAUUUUAGCUGCCUUUGUCUGAAUUAUAUUAUCUCUAAGUGUAGAGAUUUUUCUACAAAGCAUCACAGUCUGUCUUUAUAUUGUGACUAUAAUGCUGAUGAAUAAAAUUGUCUGAAUAUUUA